AUGCGUUGGGUAAAUGUUAAAGACCAGGAUAAAAUCGAUGUUCAGGUUGUUCAGGGUCUUAUUAACAUGUUGGAUGAUACCAAUGAGUUGGUUCGAGAAUUCAGAACAAGACGUGACCGAUUUGAAAAUAAUGACAUCAUUGAUUUGAAGAUCACCUUAAAGGUUUGUCGAGCCCAGAGUGGCAGAGAGAAUCACAUUGCUCCUUCAGACGAGGUGGCUGGGAUCAUGGUUGGUGAAAGCAACACUACCUGCGGUGAUCGAGAUAUAAUCAUUGAUAGUUACAAGGACGGACUGGAACGGAUAUCCUUCAUUCAUCCGAAACUAAUGGCAUUGCAGUAUCCUAUUUUGUUUCCUAAUGGUGAAGAUGGUUAUCAUGACCAAAUUCCAUUUGAAAAAAAUGGAAACAACUCCAACAAUUCUCAUGAAUACAUCUCCAUGAAAGACUACUACUCCUAUAAAUUUCAAGUCAGGGAGAGUGAAGGGAUGACUGCACGUUUGGGUGGUCGGUUGUUUCAGCAAUAUAUGGUGGAUGCUUUCUCAUCCAUUGAGCAAACUCUCCUUUGGUGGUUCCGUAUUAAUCAGACUACUUUACGAAAUGAGUUAUAUACUCAUAUUUGUGAUUCACUACGUAAAGGAAAUUCUGAUUCCUCUAAGAUCGGUAAAGUCAUGUACGUUGUAGAGUUUCAGAAGAGAGGUUUGCCUCACGUACACAUGUUAAUAUGGCUUGACAGUCCUUCUAAAAUGUAUCUGAAACAGAAUUUGGAUAAAUUUGUUAGCGCAGAAAUUCCUGAUCCUUUGAAAGACCCAGUUGGUUACGCUGCAGUAAAACAAUUCAUGAUGCAUGGCCCUUGCGGUCUGCAAAAUCCUAAAUCCCAGUGUAUGAAGAAAUUCAGGUGCAUACGCCAUUUUCCAAAAGCGUACUCUUCCCGUACAGUUUUUGAUGAAAGUGGAUUUCCUUUAUAUAUGCGUCGUAAACAAGAUAUCACAGUACGUGUGCGCAAGACUGAUUUAGAAAAUCAAUGGGUUGUUCCUUACAACCGGGAUCCGUUAGUCAAAUAUCAGUGUCAUAUGAAUGUGGAAAUUUGUUGUCACGCAAGAAGCUUGAAAUAUUUGUUUAAAUAUUGUCUUAAAGGUCAUGACACUGCUACUGUUCAAGUGAAUGGUAGAAGGAUGAAAAAAUCUCUUGACAAUUCUGCUGAAGAUGGAUUUGAUGAAAUCAAUGCAUAUUUUGAUGGGAGAUAUCUCUGCGGUUGUGAGGCGGCCUAUAGGAUUUUUGGAUUUCCUAUACAUUACCGGACUAUCUCAGUUGAACGUCUGCCAUUUCACCUCCCUGGACAAAGGAAUUGCACUUUUAGAGAUAACCAAUCUUUGGAAAAAGUUGCUGAGCGAGAAAAGUAUAGAAAUAGCAAACUUGAAGCAUUUUUUAUACUAAAUUAGAAUGAUCAAUCUGCACGCGAAUACACCUAUGAUGAAAUUCCCAAACAUUAUGUUUGGGAUGAUGGUCACAGGACAUGGAAUAGACGCAAGAGAGGAUUUCAAAUUGGGAGGCUGGCAUAUACUCAUCCAGCACAGGGGAACCUUGGUAUCUUUAGAUACUUCUAACUUUUGUUAGAGGACCUACUUCUUAUGAGAGUUUACGAACCGUCAAUGGUGUUUUGUAUCCUUCUUUCCGAGAUGCUUGCAAAGAAUAUGGGCUCUUGGACGAUGACAAGGAAUGGCAUGAGGUUAUGACUCAAUGUGCACAAGGUGGAUUAGCACCCCAGAUACGUCAACUCUUUGUACACAUAUUAGUCCACUGCAAAGUUACUGACUUGAAACAAUUGUGGCUGUCUCAUUGGAGGAGCAUGGUUGAUGAUAUACUUUUGACCAGACGAGCAAUGUCUAAAGAUCUGAACCUCCUGCUCAACGAUAAACAACUGCAGUUCUAUGCACUUGCAGAAAAUUGAUAAAUUACUUAAAUCAAUUAGGAAGUCUUUAAAAAAAUUUCAAGGCUUACCACAACCUCCUCAGAGUUAUUUACAGCAAGGAACAAACAAUCUGAUUAUAGAGGAGACUAGCUACAACAUUGAUGAAAUGGAAGCAGAGUUCAAUAUUUUAUGGGCCAGUUGUAAUGAAGAGCAAAAAACUAUUUUCAAUGCUGUUUUGCAAAGUAUCCAGGAAGCGAAAGGCGGAUUUUUUUUGUUUAUGGAAGUGAAGGUUGUGGAAAGACCUACCUUUGGAAAACUUUAAUUUCCAAGUUAAGAUCCCAGGGCGAUAUUGUUUUACCAGUGGCCUCCUCAGGAAUAGCUGCAACUUUGUUGCCUGGCGGACGCACCGCGCAUUCAAGAUUUAAAAUACUAAUUAUUCUUGAUGAUUUCUCGGUUUGUAGUAUUGGUCAGAAUUCAGACAUCGCUGAACUUAUAAAGCAAACCAAGCUUAUUAUUUGGGAUGAAGCGCCAAUGCAGCAUAGGUACGCGUUUGAAUGCUUAGACCGUUCUCUUAAAGAUAUUAUGAGAUCUGUUGAUUAUGCACGUGGUGAAAUGCCGUUCGGAGGUAUUACUGUGGUACUUGGUGGGGAUUUUAGACAAAUUCUCCCUGUUAUCCCUUUAGGUGACCGCAGUGACAUUGUUGGGGCGUGCAUUACAAGAUCGCGUUUAUGGUAUCUCUGUCAUAUCUUCCUUCUGUCCAAGAAUAUGCGUCUUAAAGAAGGGGAAUCAUCUCAAGAGAUUGAAGAUCUAAGGAAUUUUGCUAAAUGGGUUCUUCAAAUUGGUGAUGGCCAAGUCAUGCCGCCUGAAUCAGACGGAAGAACAUAUGAUGAGUAUGAUAUCCAGAUUCCAGCUCAGUUUUGUGAUCUUGACAAACCAAACACUAUUGACACAAUGAUUAGCACCACAUAUCCAGAUUUCACGCAAAACUGCCAAAAUCCUGGAUAUUUAAGUGAAAGAAGUAUUCUUACUCCAACAAACCAAACUGUUGGACAUCUUAAUGCACAGAUUGUUGACAUGGUUCAAGGUGAUUCAUUUUCAUAUUAUAGUGUUGACACCGCAGACGAAUUUGGUGGAACUGAGUCUGAUUUGAAUUCCGCGUUCCCAAUAGAAUAUCUAAACUCUUUUUGCAUGCCUGGGAUGCCAAAUCAUGAAUUGAAACUCAAAGUUGGAGUUGUCGUCAUGCUUAUGUGAAAUUUAAACCAAACUUUGGGUUUAUGCAAUGGUACAAGAAUGAUAGUUACAAAAUGUUUGAAGUUUUGUAUAGAAUGUGAGGUCAUAUGCGGUACCUAUAUUGGUUCAAGACAUUUCAUACCAAGGAUGGAAUUGUGCCCCAGUGAUAGUAAACUGCCAUUCAAGUUGAUUAGAAAACAAAUGCCUGUACAAGUCUGCUAUGCCAUGACAAUUAACAAAUCCCAGGGUCAAUCUCUUCACAAUGUAGGUCUUUUCCUGCCUAAAGGUGUAUUCACACAUGGCCAAUAUUACGUAGCAAUCAGCCGAGUCACUUCUCCAUCUGGCUUAAAGAUUUUCUGUGAUGAUGAGAGUGGGGAACCAUCUGAUAUAACUCAAAAUGUUGUAUAUAAGGAAGUUUUCUACUCUUUACCAAAACUGUAGGAUUGAUGGGGUGUAUUAUGUUUUUGUAAGCCAUUCCUCUGAAACUAUUAUUUUGGUGAGCUAUUGACAAUGAAUGGCAGUUACAAAUUUAUCUUGCUUUAUAUAUUU